GGCGACUUCCCGCAGCACCCGGCGCCGGGCCCCGGCGGCGGCGCCAGCUCGGCCGAGGCGGCCGACGCCUACUACACCUUCCAGCCGCAGGUCGGGCUGCAGAUGCGCGAGGUGUCGUGCCGCGACUCGCACGGCGCCGCCGUCCAGCUCACCCUGUGCCUGGGGGAGGCGACGGGGACGGCGCUGCCUGCACGCGUGCGGCCGUGCGUCGUGCCGCAGGACUGCGUCGUGUCGCAGUGGUCGGCGUGGACGCGCACGCAAGACGGCUGCGUGGCCGCCGGCGGCAGGGCGCGGCCGGAGAUCCAGACGCGCAAGCGGGAGGUGGUGCGGCUGCCCGAGGGCGACGGCCGGCCCUGCCCGCACCUGCUGGAGACGCGGCGCUCCGCCGACCGCGACGCGCUGCCGCCCUGCGCGCAGAAGUACCGCUGGCUGGCGUCCAAGUGGAGCCCCUGCGUGGUGACGUCGGACGAGUCGCCGGCGGCCGGCGGCGGCACGGCGCACACGCUCGAGGUGGGGUGCGGGGGCGGCGUGCAGCUGCGCGACGUCACCUGCGUCGCCGCCAGCUCCGGCCGGCCCGUCAGCGCCGACCUGUGCGCCUCGCUGCAGCCGCUGCCCACCGUGCAGAGGUGUGAAGUGGCGUGCCCAAGAGACUGCGAGGUUGGGGAGUGGGGAGAGUGGGGGCCAUGUAGGCCUCUGGACUGCCCCCACACAGGAGAACCCCCGGCAGAAGUUUCGUUGCCGUCGGAGCAGGGCGUGCCGUGCCAGGCCGUGACGGAGGUGCAGCCGUGCCCGCAGCCCGCGUGCCACCGCUGGUCGGAGGGCCCCUGGGGGCCGUGCGAGCUGCGGCCGGGCGUGAAGCGCUGCGGCGAAGGCCGGCGCGCGCGCGCCGUCACCUGCCGCACGCUCUACGGGAGCCCGGCCGAGGACUCCGCGUGCCUGCACCUGCACCCGCGGCCCGAGUCGGAGGAGCCGUGCCUGCUGCCGUGCCCGUACGACUGCGUGCUGUCGCCGUGGUCGGAGUGGUCCCCGUGCUCGCACGCCUGCUCCUCGCCGCGCCACGCCGCGCUGCGCCAGCGCAAAACCGCACCGUCGUCGCCCCCGCCUGGCCACGGUGGGCACCCGUGCCCCGACCCCGACGAGAUGCUGCAGAUGGAACCGUGCAACGUGCACUCGUGCCACGGCUUCAGCUGGCUGACGUUGCCCUGGCAGCCUUGCCGGCCCCUCAACCAGCCCACCAGCUCGGACUCCGAGGACAGCGGCAUGACAGACAUAAUAGUGCCGCCCGCGGUCAUCGGCCCGCCUGGAGCCGAAAUUGAAGAUACGUCGUUGGCAGGGCCCAGACCGACCAACAUGUCCGGCGAUCCUCCCACAGACUGCGGGCGGGGCAUCCAGGAGCGCGAGGUUUGGUGCAUGGAAGCAAAUAACAAACACGUCGAGGACUGGCGGUGCCAGCCGCUGCCCAAGCCCGACACCAGCCGGCCGUGCACGCGGCCGUGCCCGUGGACCUGCCAGAUGUCGCCGUGGUCGGAGUGGGAGCCCGUUGCGCAGCACUGCGUGCCAGGUGUGGUGGCUGUGCCCGCCGUCGGCCUGGCGCGCGGGGGGCACGGCGCCGUCGCCGGGGGACGCCGGGCCCCGCGGCCUGCCGCGCCGCCCGCCGCCCGACCGGCCCGGCCCGCCGGGCCCGGGGCCGCCCGGGGCGGGGCGGGGGCCGGCCGGUCCGGCGAGACCUCGGGCGGCGCGCCGCCGCGGCCCCGCCCAGGGCCCGAUGCGGGCGCCACGCGCUGA